AUGGAAAAGGAGGGGUUCCAGAGGAGUGUCCAACUUUUGCAGGCAGAGGGUUUGACACUUAGCACUUUAAUAACAGACCGUCACCCUCAGAUCCAGAAGUUGGUGAGAGAAACCAUGCCAGCAGUCUCUCACUUUUAUGAUGUGUGGCAUGUGGCUAAAGGUCUCCGAAAGAAGCUGGAAGCUUUAGCGAAGGAGAAAGACUGUGAAGCACUGAGCCCUUGGAUCAAAAGCAUCGUUAACCACCUUUACUGGUGUGCCGCGUCCACCCCUCAUGGGGAUCCGGAGCUGGUGCUAGAGAAGUGGCGCUCCGUGAUCAACCACGUUCAAAACAUUCACGUGGGUCACGGAGCAAGGUUCAACGAAUGCCAGCAUCCCCUGGAAGGAAGCGAGGCACCCAAAAAGAAGUGGUUGAAAUGUGGCACCAAAGCUGCAGAGAAGCUUGGUCUAUUGUUGGAAAAGCCACGCCUAUUGAAAGACGUCAGGAAGAUCUCCCCACAGUAUCAAACGUCGGCAGUGGAAAGCUUCCAUCGGGUCAUCAUCAACUUUGCCCCCAAGAUGGUUGGUUUCUCCUACAUGGGCAUGCUUUCCAGGUAA